AUGGUGUCACCUGCGAGCUUGGCCUUCCUGCCCCUGCUGCUGACACUGAUCAUCAGGUACCGUUACUACUUUGUGUUGUUCUACCGGGCCGUGCUGGUUCGGCUGUGGAAGGACUGUGUGACUGGUCUGAGCAGGGAAGAGCGAGCAUUUCAGUACGUGCUCACACAUGCCACCCCAGGAGACCCAGACAGCAUCUUGGAGGCUUUUGACAUCUGGUGCACUAAGUUGGAGUUCAUCAGCAACAUUGGGCCUAAAAAAGGGGAGAUCCUGGACCGGCUGCUGAUGCAGCAGAGCCCCCUGACCAUUCUGGAACUGGGUACCCACUGUGGGUACAGCACCGUGCGGCUGGCCCGGGCUCUGCCUCUAGGUGCCAGGAUCUACAGUGUGGAGAUGGACCAGAGAAACGCUAUCAUCGCUGAGAAAAUCAUCCGCCUCGCAGGGUUUGAUGAGGACACGGUGGAGCUCAUUGUGAAUCCUUCUGAUGAGGUGAUUCCUCGCUUGCGGUCUGACUAUGGCAUCGACAGGCUGGAUUUUGUCUUCAUGGACCACUGGAAGAAAUGCUACCUUCCUGAUCUUCAGAUGUUGGAGGGCUGUGGUUUGCUGGGAAAGGGGUCCAUCAUCUUGGCUGACAACAUUCUUUUUCCAGGAGCCCCAAAAUUUCUUCGGCACGUGCGCAGUUGUGGCCUGUAUGAGUGGAAGGUCCACCGGGCCACGCUGGAGUACAGCAAAGGCAUCAGGGACGGGAUGGCUGAGCUGGUCUACCAGGGGAUCAAGUAGACCACAAAACAAUACUCAAAAGGUGAUUGAAAAGUAAUUUUCAGUCCUUUUCUGUCCAUGUUGCCAUCACCCAGUGCAAGAACAGCUUUAAAAAAAAAUAUAGUUAUUUUUCUACAAGC